AAGUGUGCGGGUUUGAACGGGCACUCCUGAGUUUUGUUCAGGCGCUCAACAUGCGCCACUUUGGGGGUCUUAACUAGCAACAGAAGCUAGCGGAAGGAAAACGAGUACACCAUCCAAAUUAAAACUACCUUAUCUCAUGGUUUUCUUUUUUUUGCUUAUUUUGAAGAAUGCCGGCUGAACGCAAGAAGUCAGUAAACUCGGACGAGAAAGAGACGGGCUCCUUCAGUAACAAGGACCGGGAGAAAGACCGAGACGGCGACAGAAGGCCGACGUUCUCCCGAGACAAGGGCCGAGAUGAGAGCAAAAUGAGCGGAAAGAAAGAGGGCGGCAAGUCGGCCGAGGAGAAGAAGCGGAGGAUCGAGGAGGAGAAGCGGCGGCGAGAAGAGAAGGAGCGGAAAAAGCGGGAGGAGGAGAAGCAGAAGGCUGAAGAGGAGCAGAAGAGGAAGGAAGAAGAAGAGCGAAAGCAGAAGGAGGAACAGGAAAAGAAGCAGCUGGAGGAGGAAGCGAAACGGCAGAAGGAAGAGGAGGCGGCUCAGCUAAAGGAGAAGGAGGAAGCUCAGCAGCUGCACCAGGAGGCCUGGGAGAGACACCAAACCAGAAAGGAGCUGCGUGUGAAGAAUCAGCACGCGCAAGAGAGCCGCCCUGAAGAAGCCUUUUUCAGCCGCCUGGAUUCCAGCCUGAAGAAGAACACGGCCUUCGUUAAGAAGCUCCGCACCCUCACGGAGCAGCAGCGCAGUUCGCUCUCGCACGACUUCGACUCGCUCAAUCUCAGCAAGUACAUCGGCGAGGCGGUCAGCUCGCUGGUGGAAGCCAAGCUGAAGAUCUCGGAUGUGGGCUGCGCCGUGCACCUGUGCUCGCUUUUCCACCAGCGCUACGCCGACUUUGCGCCACAGCUGCUGGCUGCCUGGAAGAGGCACUUCGAGGCGCGCAAGGAGGAGAAAGCUCCGAACGUCAGCAAGCUGCGCACGGACCUGCGCUUCAUAGCUGAACUCACCAUCGUGGGCCUGUUCACCGAUAAGGAAGGGCUCUCUCUGAUCUACGAGCAGCUGAAAACCAUCAUCGGGGCCGACCGUGAAACCCACACCCACGUCUCCGUGGUGAUCAGCUUCUGCAAGCACUGCGGCGACGACAUCGCCGGGCUGGUGCCUCGCCGCGUGAAGAGCGCGGCGGAGAAGUUCGGCCUGGUCUUCCCUCCCAGCGAGAUCAUCAACGGCGAGAAGCAGCAGCCCUUCCAGAACCUGCUCAGGGAGUAUUUCACGUCUCUCACCAAGCACCUGAAGAAAGAUCACCGCGAGCUGCAGAACAUCGAACGACAAAACAGGCGUAUCCUUCACUCGAAAGGAGAGCUGAGCGAGGAUCGACAUAAGCAGUAUGAGGAGUUUGCGACGUGCUACCAGAAGCUGCUGGCUAACACUCAGUCUCUGGCUGAUCUGCUGGAUGAGAACAUGCCUGAGCUGCCUCAGGAUAAAUCCGUCCAAGAAGAACAUGGCCCGGGGAUCGACAUCUUCACUCCGGGGAAACCAGGAGACUACGAGCUGGACGGAGGGAUCUGGGAGGACGAGGAUGCACGGAACUUUUACGAGAACCUGGUGGACCUGAAGGCUUUCGUCCCCGCCAUCCUGUUCAAGGACAACGAAAAGGCCAGCCAGAGCAGAGACAAGGACGAGAGCAAAGAAGCGAAAGAGGGCCGCGAUGGGAAAGACCCGAGCUGCACGGACGAGCUGGAGCUGGAGCUCGAGGCUCUGGAUAUCGCAGACGACCCUCUGGAGCUCGAAACCGCCGACGAGGCCGAGAACGAAGAGCUGGCCAAGAAACUCCUCGACGAGCAAGAACAAGAGGACGAGGAAGCCAGCACCGGGUCUCAUCUCAAACUCAUCGUCGACGCGUUCAUCCAGCAGCUUCCCAACUGCGUCAACAGAGACCUGAUCGACAAGGCUGCCAUGGACUUCUGUAUGAACAUGAACACCAAGUCCAACCGCAGGAAGCUCGUGCGCGCGCUCUUCACCGUCCCCAGGCAGAGGCUGGACCUCUUGCCUUUCUAUUCGCGGCUGGUGGCGACGCUGCACCCGUGCAUGUCUGACGUCGCGGAGGAUCUCUGCUCCAUGCUCAAAGGAGACUUCCGUUUCCACGUAAGAAAGAAGGACCAAAUCAACAUCGAGACCAAGAAUAAGACGGUGAGGUUUAUAGGCGAGUUGGCCAAGUUCAAAAUGUUUUCCAAAACGGACACGCUGCACUGCCUGAAGAUGCUGCUGUCGGAUUUCUCUCAUCACCACAUCGAAAUGGCCUGCACUUUACUGGAGACGUGCGGACGCUUCCUCUUCAGGUCGCCCGAGUCGCACUUGCGUACCAGCGUCCUACUGGAGCAAAUGAUGCGGAAGAAGCAGGCCCAGCACCUGGACGCUCGCUACGUGACGAUGGUUGAGAACGCCUACUACUACUGCAACCCGCCUCCCAUGGAGAAAACCGUGCGCAAGAAGAGGCCUCCUCUGCAGGAGUAUAUCCGCAAACUGCUCUACAAAGACCUGUCCAAGGUUACCACGGAGAAGGUUUUAAGGCAGAUGCGCAAAUUGCCCUGGCACGAAGCCGAUUUGAAGAGCUACCUGAUCUGCUGCAUGGUGAACAUCUGGAACGUGAAGUACAACAGUAUCCACUGCGUGGCUAACCUGCUGGCCGGACUGGUCGCGUAUCAGGAAGACGUCGGUAUACACGUAGUGGAUGGCGUACUGGAGGAUAUACGCCUUGGCAUGGAGGUGAACCAGCCGAAGUUUAACCAGCGGCGCGUCAGCAGCGCAAAGUUCCUGGGCGAGCUGUACAACUACCGCAUGGUGGAGUCGGCCGUGAUCUUCCGCACGCUCUUCUCUUUCAUCUCGUUCGGCGUGAAUCCGGACGGCUCGCCCAGUCCUCUGGAUCCUCCCGAGCACCUGUUUCGCAUCCGCUUGGUGUGCACGCUGCUCGACACCUGCGGCCAGUACUUCGACCGCGGCUCCAGCAAGAAGAAGCUCGACUGCUUCCUCAUCUACUUCCAGAGGUAUAUCUGGUGGAAAAAGAGUUUGGAGGUGUGGACUAAAGAUCACCAGUUUCCCAUCGAUAUCGACUACAUGAUCAGCGACAUGUUGGAUUUGCUGCGACCCAAAAUGCACCUGUGCUGCUCUCUGGAGGAAGCCUGCCAACAGGUCGCUGAACUUGAGAGAGAAGUCCUCAGCAAACUGGGCUUUACUAUAGAGAAGGAUGGAAGCUGUUCCAGGACCGUGGGGGAAGUAGAGGCUCUGGACGAGGAGGACGAGGAAGACGAAGACGAGCGCGGAGCAGAGACCGAAGAGCAGUCCGGAAACGAGAGCGAGAUGAACGAACCUGAGGAGGAGGAAGGCUCGGAGAACGAGGAAGAAGAGCGUGACGAGGAGGAAGAGAACACCGACUACCUGACCGACUCCAAUAAAGAGAACGAGACCGACGAGGAAAACAACGAGGUGAUGAUUCGUGGCGGAGGGCUGAAGCACGUGGCCUGCGCUGAGGACGACGACUUCAUUCAGGCUCUGGACAAGAUGAUGUUGGAAAACCUGCAGCAGCGCAGUGGCGAGGCAGUGAAAGUGCACCAACUUGACGUCGCUAUACCGCUGCAGCUGAAGAGCCAGUUGAAGAAAGGCUCCACCCCCUCGUGCUCGGGAGACGCCGAGGCCGACAACGACACCAUGCAGUUCGUCAUGCUGACCAGGAAAGGCAACAAACAGCAGUUUAAGAUCCUGAACGUGCCGCUGUCGUCACAUCUGGCCGCUAAUCACUUCAACCAGCAGCAGGCAGAGCAGGAGGAGCGCAUGCGCAUGAAGAAACUCACUCUAGACAUCAAUGAACGGCAGGAACAGGAAGACUACCAGGAGAUGAUGCAGUCGCUGGCUCAGAGACCCGCCCCUGCUAACACAAACCGAGAGCGCAGACCGCGUUACCAGCACCCUAAAGGAGCACCGAACGCAGACCUGAUAUUCAAGACUGGGGGAAGGUCAUGUAGGUAGACGCACGAUAACCUGCUGCUCUGCUCCUAGGAGACGCUGAGUGAGUGAGCGAGCGAGCGCUCGCAUGAAGAAGAGAGAGAAACAAAGGGAGAGCGUGGUGCACUGCUCCCUCACUGAUGGGGAACCGUACCCGCUACAGACUCCAACUACACCAACCCGAGAGGAGAGAGCAAGACGACGAAGACGAGCCCCAUCAGCUCUACGGCUGCGGAGUUCUGACGACCAGUACGGUUCUCACACACAGAAGAACAAGAUACGAACACACACACACACACACACACACACACACAGACAUGUAUGCACACACAAAUGGAUAUCUCCGAUUACACACAUGCGACGGACAGACUCCAGAGCGCAGACCGCAAACGUGUGAAGUAUUCGGCGCGAGUGUGUUUUAGUUGUUUCAGAAUUGCGCUGCGAUUGACGUGGUGACCAACACGCACAGGGUUAGGAACUCAUCCUUCACAAGCGGGAACAUGAGAACUCGAAAACGAUUCAGUGGCCCGUGGGGGGGGGACAAAACUUUUUGUUGAGAUGGGCAGCUCAGGCCACGGGAGCGAGAGAGUGACCGAGUGAGAGUACGGUAGAUCAUACUGCUUCCCUCAGCAGGAGCAGAGGAGUUCCAUAAGAGCGGGAAAACACACUGUUUACUUUUUCACGGGCAAGCUUUCUGAUUUGGAAAUCAUUUGCACUCCUGGAUCUGUAUUUUAUUUUUUUUUUCUUCUUUUGUGCUUUAUAUAUACAAUAGAUAUACAUUUAGAUAUACAAUGGUAUAUCUCAGUUUUUGAGUAAUGAAUCCCCUUUCCCCGUCACAUCCGGCUGACGCUAGCCGCAAGUGAUUUUUCUCUCUGUUCAGCAGCUUGUAUUAAAAUAGAAACGUGUUCUUAGAGACGGCGUCGGCCUCAGCGUAUGCGUUAUGUCGCGGAAUAUUAAUCAUAUGCAUUAAAGUGAAUUAAUUGCUGUGA